CCAGAUUCGAUUAUUUACAGACCGGAAUACUGCUGAGUGCGGCGUUAAACAACAAACCAACCAACCACCUCGGCAUAGAGCAUCUGUGGGACCCGACAACAUGGCCCAGCUUGGGGCAGCUCUCGGCUCAAACCUGGGGAAUCAGGCCAGACUGUCCGUCUGAAUCAGUGUCCUGUUGAUGAACCUGACUUUCUUGACCAGUACCACCAGACAUGUUGGUGUUUGUGAUUCAUGUCCUACCUACCAGUAAAAUGUCAUACAGUCAUCUGGAUCCACGAGAUGUUAGUGUUCUUAAAAAAUGAUAGUCCUAUCACAUCACACAACUGAUCAGAGAAGAUAACAUAUUCAGCAGAAUCACGUUUGAUCCACAACAAUCUGCAGGUGUUCCCACGAUGAUCAGAUUCCGUGUUCGUCAGACCCGGAGGACAUGGCCGUGCGAGGGAUGUGGGGCUGUAUUCUAUAACCAGGCCACACUGAAGGUUCACGUUCGCUCCCACAAGGGCAGCACUCCGUACGUGUGUGAAAUCUGUGGCCAGCGGUUCGUUGCCUUGCCCUUCCUACACAUGCACAUGCGAGCACACCCUGGUCUGAAGGUCAAGGACAGUGGGAAGGAAUGUGAUGAGUUCAAGAAGGUCAAGGACAGUGUUUGCCGACGUACUGGUGAACUGGCGUAUAGGUGCGGCUUGUGCUUCAAACUGUUUGUGGAAAGAAAAACAGCUGUGAGACAUCUUCAAAAGUUUCAUAGGAUUUAUAGAACAGAUGUACGAAACAAGAACAUCUUGCCUGUGUAUGGAAACAAGGACGUCGGUCAAGGUUUUUCAACAAAGGCUACAGCUGUGUGUGGAGCGAUUCAAGAAGAGUCAUGUUCUGAUGGACUUGAGAAAAAUGCCUACAUAACAACGAAUACAACGAUAUACUCACACAAGACUUCAUCAGAUCGUGUGGUGUAUUCUUCUUGUGAGAAAACUUCUACUAAAUAUGCCAUUGACACCAUUGACAGAUCCGUGGCUAGCUCGGGUCUUGAAUUCCCAGUAGACCAAACUGGUCCAAUAUCCAAUUUACAUUUGAACGAAAAUGAGACUGGAGAUUAUGCAGACCGAGAUGGUUCUGAAGCCAUUGACCAAAUUGAUGCGUAUGGAUCUGAUGUGAACACCAGUAAACCUGUUUUGAGAGAUAGUGCUGGACUCCCUGGGGAGAAUCCGUGUGAACAGGACUGGGGUAAUGUCAGUGUUAAUGAUGUGAUGUGUGUUAAGGGCUCCAAAGACAGCGAGCUGGGCGUUAUGGUCAUGGCGUUGAUCGACAGCAGAGAUUCAGAAAAGGAUGUCGGUCAACCCGUUUUCGGUGAUUUCAACGAAGGAGAGUUGUCCACAAAGGUGAAAACAGAAGUUUGUUCGGGUGACGAAUUCAAAUCGGUUGAUGUCUGGUCAGCAGAUAGCGACGAUACUGAUAUAUCUGAUGGAGAAUGGGAGAAAUUGAGUCUAGCGUUCGCCGAGUCUCAUGCAACAGAAGUACAGUCAGCAUUGAUCAGCACCGAAGAACAUUCACUGAUGGGUACUGAGGACCAUUCAUCUUUGAGAGGAACCGAGGAACAUCCAUCAUUUCAAACAGAGGAGGAAACUCAGAACACACACAACAUUGAACCAGUCUCUCCCGAGGUAUACCUUGAUCACCCAGACGAUGAACCUGAUGACCCACUGGCCGAUGAUAAUCAUGAAAUGUCGAUAUCCAGUAAGGCAGACUUUGAGAGCGCUUCCGACUUCUGCCACCAGGUCAUGCCGAGGCAGUUUACAGACCGAGGAAAAACUUUCACUAAAGCUGCCAUUGGUGGAGAGGUUCCACGGAAAAAGACAAAACACGAAGGUUACCAACAGAAAUCGUGGACCUCGGAAUACAGGAGGAACCUUAUGACUAACAGGAGAAAAAACGCACUUACAAAGAUCUUUAACUGGAAGGCGUACACAAAGGUUGACGCCAAACAGAAACAGCCCUUGAAAUGUCAUAUAUGUGACGGCUCGUUUGUCGACGAGGCCAGCUUGAAGGAGCACAUGAGUCGUCAUGAGGGCACCAAGACCCACUACCUCAAGUGCAGCCAAUGUCCCAAAGUGUUUUCUUCCAAAUACACACUGUCCAUGCAUGAAAGGAUCCACGCUGAAUACCGUCCCUUCCAUUGUAAAAUCUGUGGGAAAGGGUUCUACCAACGGGCCAAUAUCAAAGUCCACAUGCGCGCCCACACAGGGGAGAGGCCUUUUAAAUGUGAGAUCUGUGACAAGGCCUACAGUGUCAAACUGUCUCUUGCUGCUCACUCUAGGACCCACACGGAAGAAAAUAAAUUUGCUUGUGAUAAAUGCAAGUUCUGUUUUUCAAACGAGGAGGAUUUGAUAAAGCAUCAGAAAGUCCAUGCGUAUCAGAAGUCCCACGAGUGUCAUCGAUGUAAAAAGAAAUUUUUGAAAGCAUAUCUGCUGGAAUUUCAUCUGCAGCGGGAUUGCGAGGAUAAGCGGUACAGCUGUGACCAAUGCAACAAACACUUCACUUGUUUCGACUAUCUCAAAGUUCACCAGAGAGUUCACACUGGAGAAAAGCCAUUCGGCUGUGAGGUUUGUGGCAAGUUUUUCAGCCAAUCGGCAAACUUGUCGAAACAUUUGAAAAUACAUAACAACAUCCGCUCUUUUGAAUGUGACAUUUGCAAGCAGACUUUCAUCGAGAAAGCGUCGAUGAUCGCGCACAGACGGAUCCACACAGGAGAAAAACCUCACAUGUGUGACGUCUGUGGUGUAGCCUUCUCGAGCCCAUCCUCACUGGUCGUCCACCUCCGAGUGCACACGGGAGAACGCCCAUAUGCCUGUGAGAUGUGCGACAAGACCUUCACCUCGUCGGGCAAGCUCCGAGAUCAUGUGCGAACCCACACGGGCGAAAAACCCUACAAGUGCAAGAUCUGUGACAAGAGCUUUGCUUUGUCCAAUGGUCUGGUGAGACACACUCGGAUCCACACUGGGGAACGCCCCCAUGAGUGUGAUAUAUGUGGGGAGAGGUUCAUGAGGAAGGACAGGCUGAGGAAACACAUGGGUGGCCAUGUGAAGAAACAGGUGGAUGCUGCAUGGCCGCAGACAUGACGUUGUAGAGGACACUUGUAGGAGUGGUCAUUGUUAAGCUUCAAUCUCAUUUAAAUCAGACCUUAGUUCUCGCUACCGCUAGGCAAAGAUCUGAAGACAUCCCAUUAGGGGUCACGUCAGAACAACCUUUCAUCCGACCAAUG